AUGCUGCCACAUAAGAAUACUCAGGCACUUCACAACCAGCAGCGAGAAGCCAGGUACAGGCAUAGAACACAGGCCAUGCAACAACAACAGCGACAACAGCACCAACAACGCCAGAGGGAGGAAAGAGCGGAGCAGCAGCGACGGGCUCGUCAGGUUCAACAAAGGCAACAACUUCACCAGCAGCAACGGCCCUACCAGGACCUCCUGCAUCAGUUUGACGAGGCACAGAGAACUUCAAUGUUGUUACAACAGAACAGGCAACGAUUAUACGACAACGGCCACAACCACAACAACAGCAGCAGCGACAGCAAAGAGACCAAAGACAGCAAAGACGUCAACGACGCCGACGUUGACCUCGACAUGUCCUGCUUUCAUUUCCCAGCUCUUGUUGCCUUCAAGUCGCCAGGCAACAGCUCCAACUUCUGGUCAAAUCAAGCCGGCAAUGAGUCCUCCACCGUUAAUCCUAAUUUCAUCCUUGUCACCUCUCCAUAUGCAGGCAUGACCUUGAUGAAGCAGGAUGUUGACCAUCACAGUUCACGCACUUCUGAUCUGUUUGUAUCCUCGUGGUGGUCUGCACAGCGGGGAGACAACGGAGAGUUCCGACAAGUCUGUGAUCCAUUGCCGAACUUCUGA